AUGUCCUCUGUGUCCCCCAUGGCACCGAAGGUGGCCAUUAUCGGAGCUGGAUCGUCGGGAUUGGCCGCGGCACAAGUCUUUUCGCGGCAUGGCAUGGAACCUGUCGUAUUGGAACAGGAAUCCCAGAGUGGCGGGGUCUGGUGUUAUCAAACGAAGCAACAAGCCAAUACGAAAAAAACCAAACCCAUGUAUCGAGGACUCCGCACCAAUCUCCCCAAGGAAAUUAUGCAAUUUCGAGAAUUUCCGUGGAAAAUGCCACUCGAUAGAAGUUUUGUGACGCAUCAACAAGUCCAAGAAUACUUGUUGGAAUAUCAGACACAGUUUGGACUUGACAAAUUCAUUCGGUACGGUUGUCAAGUGUCGCAAUUGCAAGUCUUGAAAGACAGCAAGUCGGCGCUCUCGCCCACCACUAGCAGUGAAGAAGAUUGGCCCCAAAUACGGCUCGCAUGGAAACACAACAACAAUAAUGAAGAAGAAUCCGAAAUAUUCGACGCUGUCUGCAUUUGCAAUGGCCAUUAUUCCAAACCGGCAUUUCCCCCACUACAAGGAUUGCACGAGUAUUAUCAAGGGCGAAUACUGCAUUCCGUCGAAUACGACAAUCCCGCUGAUUUUGUCGGACAACGCGUCUUGUGCAUUGGAGGACGUGCCAGUGGAUCGGAUUUGGCACGCGAAAUUGGGGCGCAUGCCCAACACGUCUAUCUGUCGGAUUCCACUUGUACGCUGUCCGAUGGCACUCCCGAGACACUCGAUAAUAUCACCUGGGUGCCAUUGACGGUGGGAAUUCAAGAAGACGGAACCGCGCAGUUUCAAAAUUGCAAUACACUCUUUCCCACGGUGGAUUGUAUCAUUUUCUGCACGGGAUACGACUAUGAUUUCCCCUUUCUCAACAACAACAAUGACAACAAUGAUGAUGAACCAGUCCAGUGUGUUCCGGGAGAACGACGGGUCAUGCCACUUUACGAACAGCUGUGGCAUGCACGGUAUCCUACGGUAUCUUUUUUGGGCAUUCCACACAGUGUGGUACCCUUUCCCGAAGUCGAGUUCCAAGCCGAAGCGGUACAUGCCCAAUACACGGUCCACAACAAUCAACUUCCACCGCUCGAAGAACGACUCCAAGCGGCCGAACGGGAUGCCGUGUCGGGAGGUGCCAAGGGACCACAAAAUGGCCGGAUCCAAGAUACACAUUAUCUGGGAGCACAGCAAUGGGACUACUGUCGACAAAUGGCCAAACUGGCGGGUGUCUAUGAUCAAUCUGUGGAGGACUACAUUGCGACCAAUCAGAUGAUUUAUGACCACUCCACAAACAAUCGCAAGGGAGCCUUCCCAGCUGGCCCUGAUGACUACCGAGAGGUCCGGUACACCAGGAAAGAAAGUGGUGCUGGGUUCACCUUUGACGCCAAGGACACUGUCGGAACUGCCUAG